AUGGAUCUCGUGGCAAGUAUUCGAAAGGAGGGCAGUCGCGGCGGCCGCGACUCGUUCAAAUGGUCCGACGUCAAAGAAUCUUCCCACCGCGAAAACUACCUGGGCCACUCCCUCAUGGCCCCCGUUGGCCGCUGGCAGAAAAAUCGCGAUCUAUCCUGGUACACAAAGGGGGAUCAGGAACGCGAAGAUUCCGCCGAAGACGCCGCUGCAAAACAACAACGGGAGCGCGAGGAGGAGAUUAAACGUGUCAAGGAGGUUGAGCAGGAGGUUAUGGCGCGUGCACUGGGGUUACCGGUUGCGCCCAAAGGUCCCAGUAACCCUAAUAUGAUGCCGCUGAGCCGGAAGGAUGUGGGGAGAGCUAUUAGGGAAUCUGGUGCGGCAGGCGGGGAGGGCGCUGGUAUGGGUGAUGGGGCGAAGGGUGUUGGCCGAGGGGAAUUUGGUGUAAUGAGCGGUGGUGGAGGCGGUGAUGGGGACAUGAUAGAAAGGACAGGAAUGGGUAUGAAAGUGGUGGAUGAAGAGUUGGACCGGAGGAUGGAACGGGAAGAACGGAGGGGUCGAAAAGACGAUGAGCGGCGAAGGAGAGACAGGAACGGAGACGUCGCUCGACAUCUAGGGAUGCAGGUCAUGGAAGAAACAGACAUCGCUCAAGAUCACCCGAGAGGCGCAGACACCGUUCCAGGUCGCGUGACAGAGACCAGUACAAACGGUGCCGUCUGUCUCGGUCGCAAAGUAGGGGAUCGUAGAUCAGGGAGAGAGGAGAGAAUUCCGCGCCGAGAGCGAACUCGGUCUCCCGCAGACAUUCGCAGUAAUCAUCAUCUUCACAGGGGAAACAACAGCUACGGCCGACAGAGACAACCUCAGAAAGCAUGA